AUGGACCUUAUCAUGGAAAAAGCAAACGAGAUAUGGUCGAUCGCGGAGCAAUACAUGCCCUCGCCCCUCCCAGUCCCCGGGGCCAUCACAAGCGCUGCCGAGUUCCUCAGCGCGAAAGCGACAUCGCCUUCGUUCCCGUACACGAUCCGCGACGUGAACCUGGGCAGCGUGGUGUUCUGGCAAGCGGGGCUGGUGAUUCUGCUGCAGCCAAUCAUCUGGAACGUGCUGGCGCGACUCGAGCACUAUACGCGCAUCCUCUCCAAAGCGUUCGGGUCACCCGUGCGCGGGACGUACGCGCUGGGGCUGUGGAUCUUUGCGGGCGGCAUCUACCGGGACUUGAUGUUCGUUGAGGCCAUGGACAGGCAGCGGAAAGUGGGGUGGCUGGCGGGCGUGGAGUACCAGGUGGCGGGGCUGGUGGGUAUGGCGGUCGGGCUCGUGCUGGUGCUUUCGUCGGCGUAUCAACUCGGAGUGGUCGGGACGUAUCUCGGGGACUACUUUGGGAUUCUUAUGGAGAAGAGGGUGACGGGGUUUCCGUUUAAUAUGUUCUCGGACCCGAUGUACGAUGGGUCGACGCUGCUUUUUAUGGGGAGGGCUAUUGUGGCGAGAUCGCCAGCCGGAAUAGUGCUUUCUGGAUGGGUGUACGUAGUGUACAGGUUGGCGUGCAUGUUUGAAGGGCCGUUCACGGCGAAGAUAUACGCUGAAAGAGAAAGGCAGCAAAGGGAGGAGAAGGAGGAGUGAGGGGGGUCGGUGUGGUGUAUGUAAUGGGUGAUUGUUUUGCAUGUGUGCAAAAGAAUGCUGCAGGACGGAGAAGAAAUGAAGGAGAAGGAGAAGUUUGUUUGUUGGUCGGCUUGUGUACAGUAACAUAAGGUGAGAUGCAGGACAAGGAAGGGAUAGAUGAUGAUGCAAAGCGAUGCAAGGUGAAACAGCAGUGCGAGGAGGUGUAUAACUCGUGCACACACGCGGUUUACAGGACCUCAUUCGUCACAGGGGCUAGAACAGUCCGCGCAACAGCACAGGUAUGGUUGCGGGUGGUGGCAGCUCGUAGUAUCCGCGCGUCGCGCAGCGGUAGGGCGAACGAGGGGGGGAACGAUAGUCGCGAGAGAGGGAUGUGGCGCGGCGAAGAAGGAAGGGCACAAUGUCCCCCGGGGUCGUAGCCUUGUCUGCCCCCCCCCCGGUGCGCCGACCAAUUCUGGUCGGCGCUAUUUCAAUAAAAUUGUAGACCUAAA